AUGAAGGUCACCAUUAAAGAAUGGAAUGCUGUUGCUACUUGGCACUGGAAUAUUCCCGAGGACGAAGUGUGUGGCAUCUGUCGCGUACAAUUUGAUGGUACUUGUCCAACCUGCAAAUUCCCCGGCGACGACUGCGCGCUUGUGCAAGGAAGAUGCAAUCAUGCUUUUCAUAUGAGGGCAAUUGCCCGAAGGCCGCAUAUCAACUCAUCAACCCCCGGAACACUUGAACCGCCUUGCCAAGGGUUAGUUCCGGAUGAAACCGAUGAUCACCCAGAUGAAGGCCAAGGGCAACCUCUGUCUCACCCCGCCUUCCAGCCGUUCUUCACCUUGAUUGAAGACGCCCAUACCUCAGAUUACCACCACCCAACGGUACACUACAUAUUCUCUGACGAUGACACCGAUAUUGUGACAGAGGCAGCCCUACGUAGUCUUACCGCGCAGCAAGAAGCCAUCUCCGAUUCCAAGAAAGAUCAGAUCGCGCAGGCUCAAACAUCUAAUCUACCGGAUGAGAUCAAACACUCUGAUCCAGACCAAGCCAAGACCACCCUACUUCCACCACCCGCCCCAGGUGUCCGGGAAAACUAUAUCAUCCUCGACGUAGAGCCCUCACCACACACGUCUGGGACAGCGCAAACCAGUCCAAUAAACGAACAACUAGCAGCAGGCAAAGGCGGGAGUGGCACGAGGUCUAUCUCAUCGUCACCGGCGAACGUUUCUGCACUCCCACAGGAGCAGGGACAGCCACACCCGCAGUAUCGUGUUACCGCGGCGCAGAGCUUCUCACCAACAUGGCAGGUCCUCCGCACGGAGGUGAUGCCGGCUCCCACCUUUGAGAACAGCAAUCCUGGAGAGUCAUUAGGACAUGGGCUGAUGCUAAAGAUCCGUGGUACAGGUGGGCUGCCGAUUGAGGUGGAUGACAAGGAGAAAGGGCGUACACUUGAGGAGAUGAUGGAUCAAUUUGCGAAGCGGAUGAGCGAGCUGCAGGUUGUCAUCGAUGCUGCGGAGUCGAAGGAAGAACACAACGAGGAAGAGCUCGUGCAGCAUCCCUUUGCUCCAGACACAGCUGAAAGCACUGCUCAGAAUGAGGGGAAUGAUGCGGUAUACGCUGCAGAAGUUGAAGUGGAACAAUCGCGAUGA